GCUGGUCACCACGAUCAAAACGGGGAAGAUCUCCAAAUCUUAUUCUCACUACGCACAAAAAGCAUAAAGCAUGUCCAUCCCACCGGUAUCAGGAAUCCGCGAGUCUCAAUCCGGCGAUCGUGUAAUACCCGCAACCCGCCGUCCAGAUGGCUCUGUUCGCAAGGAGCGCAAAGUUCGUCCUGGCUAUGUUCCUCAGGAGGACGUUUCCAGAUAUACAAACGCCAAGGUUGAGGCCACCCGUGUUCCAGAGGGAUAUGUGCCUGGUAUAGGAGUGGUUCAGCCAUCGGAAGCAUCGACCGUAACAAGCAAAUCAGCAAAGAAGAAUGCCAAACGAAGAGCAAAGAAAGCAGGCGAAAAGGACCAGCAAGACGGGCCCGCAGAGAAGGUCACCACGACACCCGAUAGCAAGGCGCUGUCUGAUACUCCGGCAAAGACACAAGCAACAGCCCCUGUGGAUAUAGAAAAGAAACUCAAAAACCUACGAAAGAAACUACGGCAAAUUGAAGAGCUGCAGGAAAAGCAGGCAAAGGGGGGGAAUUUAAUUCAAGAGCAAAGAGACAAGUUGUCUGGGAAGAAGGACGUGGAGAAAGAAAUAGCAGAGCUGGAGCAAAGCUUGAAGGGAUUUCACGUAUGAUGGUUUGCAUUAAUCAUGACGGGAGGACGGCGUAGAUACUGUGCAUAGGGCUGUAUAGCUGUCUACAAUCGUGGUGCGCUGGGGCCAGUCACGAUCGACUUGUCCAGAUGUACUUUACUCCAGAAGCCUGAAUCUGAUUGGACACGGGCCGAUUUUUGGACAAGACUAGAUUCGCAGGCAUAGAUCUUAUGCUGGCUGUUACUUCCGGUGCUGGGUAUUGUAUACUAUUUACGCACUAUCCUCUUCAAUUUGAUUGGUCAUCUGUCGUAUA